AUGUCAGCAACAAGAGUUUUGCACAGUAAUACUAUUUUACCCACACACCGGGCCGGUUCACAUGGAGGGGAAUUUGCAGACGCCAUACCAUCAUGGAGAAAGGGAAUUUAUUCAGCACUCGGGAUCCUAACAUUUAUUUAUCUCACAACCACCGUAAUUCUAUUUUACCUAAGAAGACAUAAGAUCUUGGAUAUUCAAUUUCGUCCCUUACGACUGAACCUCUUCAAUUCCUUGGCUACAAUCAUGCUGUGCGUGAUGUUUUGCUUUCGCUCGGGAUUCUACCCCAAUGAAUUCCCUUGCUUUAUCAUACACUGGACAUCUUACAUAGGUUUUUUUUUGUAUUUCUCAGCGUUAACUUGUAGAGUACUUUCAUUCACCUGGGUGGCAAGGUACAAUAUUGUCAAAUUAAGAAUGAGCGUGUCAUGCAAUUCAAACUUCCAUUUACCGAAGACGCCAAAAACUCCUGAGGGUUCCAUGGGGGAAAUGGGAGAUUUUGAUUUUCCGAGUUUGCGAUCAAUGGUUCGAUUAAAGAAGUUUAAACGUUAUGCGACAGACAAAUGGUUGUCAACGUGGGUUUUAUAUCCGAUUCUUGGAUUUGCUUUUCUUCUCGCUCUCGUCAUGCAAAUUUUGAUGCCUCAACUUUCCAUCCGUCCAGUGAAAACAGUAUGCCCGGUUGGGGCCGAAAAACCAACCGUGAUGGAAGUCUUUGAUUCGUCGUCAAGUGGAACUGGGUCGAAUCAACAAACCACGUUGAAAUCAAAAAAAUAUGAAUUGUUUGAAAAAGUCUUGGAAGACGCUAGAUUAUUUGAACUCUAUAAAGCAUGUGCAGCGGCCUGUUUUUGCACGGAACUCAUUCUCUUCCUGAAAGAAUUCCAACACCUAAAAGUACUAGUGAGUCGAUGUUGCACUCCAUCAAACCGAGAAUUAUUACCACCACCAACACCAAAACUCGUCUUCGCUGAGACUGGUCACAUCUCAUUCCCGGAGACACCAAGAUUUCCCUCAAUGCCUUUAUCACCAUUGUCCCUAAGUUUCAUAACCAACACGCCGUGCACGAAAUCUAUUGUAGAAACCGUCACAGCAGCAUCAUGGAUACCAUUCCCAUACGAAUUAAAAUCCAAUUAUAAAAUGUUUUAUGAUACAUUCUUGAAUCCGGAUUCAGAUCUUUCAAUCAAUUUCUCUGGAAGUUUGUUGAACAAAGUGAAGGAAAAGAUUGAAAGAGGACAAUACGAUUUGUCCAUGUAUGAAAGCGCUCGAGAGGAAGUAUUGACGCUUUUAUAUGUGAACACAUUUGAAAAAUUUUUGAAGAUGUAUGGGCCGGAGAUUUAUAGAAGAAAAGAUAUUAAAAUAAUCGGCAAGUGUAAUUUUAGAAACAAAUCGGGUAAAGUUCUUGGCGUUGUUGGUCCUAUUGUAGAAUUGGUAAAGUUCUUGGCGUUGUCAAUUCCUAUUGUAGAAAUGAUAUUUUCCCGAUUUCUUAAUAAGGAUAUUAUCACGGAAGGUGAGAAGAUGGGGGCUGACCUAAAUUGGCAUUGA